CGGUAUUGUACCACAGCAGGACCAAUACAAAUUCCACAGGGYUCCCAAACGAUAAAAAAUAAAAAUCCAAGAUGGCRGGACGUGAUCUUCAAUUUGUCAAGCAAACGCCAUCAUUUAUCAAGAAUUUUAAAAAUCAAAUAGGUUACAAAGAGCCUGAUAAUGUGGAGAGUAAGUUUAAAAAGCUUGAGAAGACUACAGGUGAAGACGAAAAUGAUCGUGAGGGGGAGCUACCRACAGUUGUGUUAGGAACCAAUGUGACCGAAGAAGAGGCGAGURAUUUUCUAGCCAAAAGACAAAGUGACCWAGGCGAUGAAGUGUCCUCUUCUCGAUUAUGCCAAAGGCUUCCAACCAUAGAGAAAUGCUCCAAAGGAUUUCUGUGGUUAGUCAGGCUAGUGCCUCUCACCUAUGGAGCGCCAUCCGUAAAGUAUUAUGAAUGUUAUUCUGGAUAUCUUUGCAAUUCUCCAAUUUCCCUACGAUACGGUGUCCAUUUUUCUAAUGAUCAGUCUCUUUACCAAGGCACUAUUCUUGACACUUCCAUUAAUCUAAUCAGUUAUUYGUUCUCAGGAAAUGAUGAUGAUAUUGAAUUCACUGAAGAAAAUAAACAAGAAGGGAAAUUUAUAUUUAAAAAGCCAAAAAAGAGAAAAUCUGACGAUAAACCAGCUGAAAAGGAUGAUAAAAAGAGACUAAAAGACAAACAUAGUUCUAAGUCCAAGAGCUCUUCAAGGGCUAUAAAAAACACUAGCCUUCUUUCAUUUGGAAAUGAAGAUGAAGAUGAAGGGUGAAUAUGGUGGUCAAGAAUAAUUUAAGCCAAGGGCACAUAUGUAUUUUCUGCACUCAUASAGGGCUCCUUGAAAUUAAAGUGUAGAAAGUGUCUCAAAAGAUUGGUUGCCACCAACUGUUCAAAGCUAAUCUGCAUAAUUGGUUUAGAAAACAAUGGGCAAACAAUAGAAUCUGUUCCAAGCAAUAAAAUGCAACCUAACCUAAUAUUGGAGGUUCUGAAGUAAUGGAGMAAUCAAAGCCAACAUCAAUGGGUUUGUGAAAAUUUCAAGAGAUUAUGGUCCUCCAGGAUCUACACCWGAAUGAUGUCUAGUACAAUAGUAUGAAUGAAUAUAUUUGGACAAAUUACAGCUACAGAACAUUAGUAAAAUAAGAGACAGAUACGAAAACCUAUCACUAGUCUUACUAACAAUAAGACGAUUCAGACAAUAGGGAUCAUUUUACUAUUGCAACGRCAAUCAUGAAAUAGUUAACUUAUUUUAAUAAGUUAACUAAAAUAAGUUAACUAUUUCAUGAAAAUAAAAAAAAUAAAAUAAUCACUGGAAAAAAUCGUGCGCUUUAAAGGUUGUAAAUUUGAU